CAUUUAAUCUUCAUUUCAUCAUAAUGAUGACCAACUGCAAAUUGAAUCCUUUUGAUCUCCCAGAAAUUGUUUCCCGUGUUGGUGAAUUCCUCAGUCGGGACGACAUCAUCAGUUGUCUUCGCAUUUCCAAGGCUUUCCACAGCACCCUUGUCAAACGCCUUUGGAAAACGAUCAGUCUAGAUUCAAAGUACCCUACUGGCGAAGCACUGCAUAAUAACAAGAAAUACAUUCAGAAGCUUGUGCUUUAUAGCCCGCUUCCAGAAGAGUACAGGACACUGCAAAGCUGUAACCGCCUUAAAGAUAUCAGCUUCUAUGGGACAUCAUCUCACGACGCGUCUGUCCUGAAUGAUCUUUCUAAUCUCAUCAAGGCCCACAGAACCACGAUUGCUAGAUUGUAUUUCGAUUUCGGCGAUUCGAGCUCGCAGGGGAUAUGGGGAACAUUACUAGAAUGUGCUCGCCUUGAAAACUUGGCCUUUUCUAGAACACAAAUAAGCAACGACGAAGUCGAUCUAUUCUUUCAAGUCUGCAAGAAAAUUAAGAAUUUGGAUAUAGAAAGCGUAAGCAUCGAUCGGCUUCCUUCUGACUACUUAAACGAUGACAAGAAUUCAUUCAUUUUUCCAAAUAUGAGCACACUAUACUUUAAUGAGUUCAAGAUAUCCAACCCUCCACAUCCGCAUACAUCAGCCUAUUGCCUUGGUAUACUGACUAGGAGAUGUCCAAAUUUACAUUCAUUGGGUUUCUAUGAUUACUUAAGCGACGCCCAUACUUCCCAGCAUGAACUUGUUAAGUUCCAUUGGGCAGCAUUCCGUGAUCAUCCCUACACUCUGACAAAUUUAUCGAAUCUACGCCUUCAUAUGGAAAUAAGGGAUGAGGAUAUGGCGGCGCUUCUCAGACAAAUAACUGAACUAAGAGAGCUAGAUGUCCCAGAAUGUACUUUCGGCCCGCUUUCCGUCCGAGAAUUACUAGCAGACGAGCAGGAGGUUCUGGAUGGUGGAAUUAUAGUGCGGAAAAGGAGGAGUCAGAAGCUCUGCGACACAAUUGAAGUAUUGAUUAUUGAUAACCGAGUCGAAAGGAACGAUGGUGUUGUCCAAGUAAUACUAUCUAGUUGUCCGCGUCUGAAGAGACUAAAGGGGCCUAAGAUUACAGUGGCAGAAAUUGUCAAUGGAGCAGAAUGGGUCUGUGCUGACCUCGUCAGCUUGGCCAUCAGACUUGUAGCAGAUGUUGAUUCAGAAACUGCAGAAGGCAUGGGGAAGCAGCGUAUUGUGUUUAGACAGCUAGGCAAGUUGACGGAAUUAGAGAUUCUUGAUUUGACAGCGACGAAUUUUGAACCUGGGGAUAUUCGGACGCUGGACUUGAGAUUAAAAGCAGGUCUGGAUGAGCUAGUCAGCCUAAAGAGAUUGCGUUCGUUAUCCUUCGAUCACGACAAGUGUCAACAAAUGGAACCUGAGGAUGCGACAUGGAUUAUAAACAACUGGCCGAGAAUGACACAGAUAUCUGGAGCUGUGAACCAAAAGCCCGGCGCAUCUAGUUUAGUGAUGAACCUAUUCAAAUCUCACAAUAUUUACACUUGGCUUCCUUUUUGAUCAAAAACACUGAUAAGAAAAGAAAUAUAAAGCCCAUUAUUAUUUCACA